CGACAGCCGCUAUGGAGGCCGGCAGGACUGCAGUCCUUCGCGUGAAGCGAAAGCGCAGCGCGGAGCCUGCCGAAGCCCUUGUCCUCUCUUGUAAACGCCUCCGGAGCGGCGCCGUCGAGUCGGCGACCCAAAAGACACCCCCCGAGGAUCUGGAGAGAGGGCCGGAGAAUAAUGUCUUCCAAUUGGUGGCCACCGUGCGCUCCCAGGAGGAGCCAGUCCAGGCGCUCGUUCGAGCCGCCUUGCGCCCCUCCCAGGGCAGCCAGCAGCGUAUCCGCCGCGAUCUCCGCGCUUCGACUCGGGAGAUCCGGCAGGAGGGCCGCUACAGGGUGAUCUCAGGCCGCCGGUCCUCGGGGAUUCCCUCGGGUGGCCCAGAGCCCAUCGACGCACCGGGAAACCCAGAAGCCUCCGAGGACGCAGGUUUCCAGCUGUUCGACCUAGUCCACGAGGAAGGAGACCCAGAGGCCGUCGCCACCGCAGGCUCCUCCAAGACAUCUGACCCAGAUGUGAUCCUCUGCAAUUCCGUAGAGUUGAUCCGUGAACGGCUGACUCUAUCUGAGGAUGGACCGAGAAUCGGGCACCAGGAGGAGCAGAAGGAUGACUAUGUAUAUGACAUUUACUACUUGGAGAUGGCCACUCCAGGGUGGAUUGAGAACAUCCUCUCUGUGCAGCCCUAUUGCCAGGAGUGGGAGCUGGUGAAUGAUGACCAGCAACCAGAAGAUAUUUAUGAAGAUGAUGAUGAUGAGAAUAGUGAGAAUAACUGGCGCAAUGAGUAUCCAGAGGAGGAGAACACUGAUGGAGAUGAGUCCAGAGGCUCUGAUGAAUACGACAGCCUCAGCGAAGAGGAAAGAGGCAACAGCAGACCACAGAUGUGGAGCAAAUACCCUUUGGAUGUGCAUAAGGAGUUUGGCUAUGACAGCCCCCAUGACCUGGAUUCAGACUGAUGAUCCUAUGAUAUAUAUGAAGUUCAGUUAUGUGCCCUGAGGGCUCUGACUGCAGCUUCAGCCAUGCUGGUAACAUCCCUGGGUUUUCUAGCUUAACACAAAAGGAAAAACCAUGUCCAGCAGCACCAUCCUACCAGUGAAAACGUGUGCUAAAGGACUGUGUCUUUUUCAGUAA